AUGGGAUCACUGAACACGGGUUUCGAAUCCGCCACGCGGCCCCCAUUACCUCCCAGACCUGCACUGCCCCCGAUUAUGGACAAUCGCGUUCGGGCCAAAUUGACACCGAAACAGUUGCCCUAUCCGGCCUGUUCAACUAAUUUGCGUCAGAUGCUUCAAUCGGGCUGUGCGGAUCCUUCGGUGACACGGUGCAAUUUAUGUUUGCGCAGUUUACAAGAUCUUGUCAGACAGGCCUAUGAAUUGGUGGUCCAGGACUCGCCAAAUUGUCCGGUCAUAUUGAGUGCGACACCUUUAUCACACUCGUCAUUGAUCAAGCUGAGUGAGAGACUCCGAAUGCCAGAACAUCCCCUCAUUCGAGCCGCGGACGGGCGUUGCGCAUCUUGCGCCACGGCGGUGGCACAACUAAAGGCAGACGCGUUCGAACACGUACGAAACAGUAUUUUCGCUUUGCCGGCGAACAAAGUAUUCCGAGGAUUUCAACGCAUUCAAGCCCAUGUUAGAUCGAGACCUCUAGUCGUUCCGAAUGGAGAUGUCAAUCGAUCGCCUGGACCGAUCGGUCCACCGGAUGUGAACACCGCGUAA